GAAGGGGCGGAACAUGCAGUGCUUUGACUGUGGCGUUGCCGAUGUGACUUGGGCUUCCCCCAAGCUCGGCACUUUCCUUUGCGUCACCUGCUCGGAUGUCCACCGGGCGGCCGGCGCGCACAUCACCUGCGUGAAGAACUUUAGCACCUACCUGUGGUCUCCGGAUGAGGUAUCCAUGAUGCGGUUGGUGGGCAACAACCGUGCGCAGGAGCUCUACCGGCCCUCAUCCAGCUUGUCUUGGUCUCCCCAGGACUCAAAGGAACGGAAGGUGCAGCUCUGCACGCAGCUCUACGGAAGUGCAAAGGCUCAGGCAACUUCCUCGGAGAUGAUUGCCGCAGCCACCUCGGAGUCGGUAAGGGCGGCAGGUCAAGACGUCAAGGCGCAAGGCGCAAAGACCUAUGCGAAUCCUGACUGGUUUGACGACUGGUCCACACCUACACCAAUCAGAGAGGAGCCAAAAAAGACGAGUCCACCUCAAAGUGUGGAUCUGUUGGGUGACUUGUUGGACUUGCACGUGGAGCCACAAAAGCCAAGACGAGCACAGCAGAACGGCUACGUGGACCUGGCUGUGGGCCCCAUGGUUGAUACAACUCCGCAGAAAAUGCAGCAGGAGCUCGCAAGCGUCUUCGAUAUUGCGCCCCUUCGCCCUGCGGAGCUUACCACCUGUGCGAUGCAGACAGUCAAGAAGGACGACAGGGACUUCUGGAACACGGUGAACUGGGAUGAUCUCAUGAAGUGA